AUGUCUCGUCCUGUAUUACUUGGAGCUGGAAUUGCUACCUUAAUUACUAAUAGUGCUUUAUUUGCUUUCAUUAGAAGUAAGCGAAAUUUACGUUUAUUAUCUCACAUACUUUUACAAAGUAUGCUCAUUAAUGGUUUUAUAUGGGGUCUUUAUCAAGUAAUUCGAUUCAGUAACAAUUUCUCAUAUACAAUUGGAAUCAUCUGCAUCGUUUUACCUCGUCUUGGUCAAGCCAUAUUUAUCAGUUUAAAUUUGCAUUCUUGUCUUAUUAUGUCAGAACGUUAUUUUGCUAUCGCUUAUCCAUUUCGCUACAACAGACUCCUAACAAUCGGAAAUUUAUCCAUUGCCGUUGCGCUUGUUUGGCUAUUGCCAACUGCAGUACCUUUAGUCUCGAUCAUCGAUGGCAUCUAUUCCAAUCGGUUAACUAACUGCAGCGUAGCCAACAUUCAACAAUUUCUUAGAAUUGAUUUCAUUUGCCAUCUAAUUAUGUUAAUACUAGCUACUUUAUUACUUACGUUAUUACUUGCUAUGUAUAAUCGGAUUAUCUAUCUUCUUAAAUUGAGCCAGCUUCAUCAAGUAGGAGUUGCUACUCAUGGAUAUAGUCUUUCAUCGGGCGAGAUGGUGGACAAUUCAGUACCGCGCAGCAGUUUGGCGCUGAGAAAGAAAGCAGUUAUACAAGCUAUGGUCGUCUUUACAUUUUAUGUCAUCUUUUUACUACCCUUUCAAAUAUUAUCUACUAUUACCUUAUCUGAUUUCAGUUACUUUAGAUUUUUAGUACCCUCUGUGCUUGUUGUACGUGAUAUUGCCUUUUGUUAUCCUGCCUUGCAACCGCUAGUAUAUGCUUAUUUUACUGCUGAUAUCCGUAAAGAGAUUUGUGCAGUCUAUUACAAGAUAGUGAAAUCAACACGUUUACAAGGUAGAACGUCAAAGAAUACAACUAGAGUAUCUACUUUCAAGGGAGCUUCUGAUAUGCAUUUACCUAUCAUGACUUCCAAUAAUUAA